ACGUCGGUUGCGCUCGACGGCGCGAGCGUCGCGAAAGGCCCGUGAAGGACAGCGGCGGGCCCCUGAGGGGGGGCGGCGGUGUCGGCGGCGCGACAGCGGCCGUGUCGCGACAGCAGCGCAGCCAUGCCGUUCUGGGACCUGCAGAAGCAGCUGGGCAUCGAUGUGGACAGCUGGCUGUUGCGGCAGAGCAUGCCGCAGCCGUACGGCCGGGCCACGGCCUGCCACGCCUUCGAGCGCGAGUGGGUGGAGUGCGGGCACGGGCUGGGCCAGACCCGCGCCCGCCGCGAGUGUCAGCUGGAGUACGAGGAUUUCAUGGAGUGCAUGCAGCGCACCAAGAUGGCUCAGCGGCUCCGGACCAUCCUGGAGCAGCGGGACAAGAUGAUCAAGGAGGGGAAGUACACCCCCCCCGACUACCACACGGGCAAGGAGGAGCCCAGGCCGUGAUUCCCGCUGGAAUUCCUCCUGGAAGAAAACUGGAGGGGAGCAGCCUCAGGCUGGGCAUUGCUCGGGCAGUAAAUAUCCCUUUGGCACGGC